UAAAGUAAAAUGUAUUUAUUUUAACACACCUGCAAUUACUAAUAAAGCCUAAAUUUAUAUGGAUGUGUCUUAUGUAAAAUAAAAAGUUGUUAUUAUCAAGUCAUUAUUUUUUGUGAAUCUAUGUAUUUGUUUGUCCCAAAAAUUAAAAAAAAAACGUAACACAUUUAAGCAAUUUUUAACCGCUAACCUUGAGUUGCAUUGAACCGUUUGUACCUAUUGUUAUAAUAUGGCUUUUAUAAUAUCAGAGGUUUCUUCGAACAAAAUUUUUGGAGGUUAUCAGAAGGUAUAUGCUCAUGAUUCUAAAGUGCUAGGAUGUAAAAUGAACUUUGGGGUUUAUCUACCCCCUCAAUGUGAAGAUACAAAAUUACCAGUUAUUUAUUGGUUGUCUGGUUUAACAUGUUCUGAGGCAAACUUUAUUCAAAAAGCUGGAGCACAAAGGUAUGCUUCUGAAAAUGGAGUAAUAAUAGUUAACCCAGACACCUCACCCAGAGGCUUAAGCAUUCCUGGAGACAGUGAAUCAUGGGAUUUUGGAGUAGCAGCUGGAUUUUACCUGAAUGCUACUCAGAAACCGUGGAGUGAUAACUAUCAAAUGUACAGUUAUAUUACUUCUGAAUUAAUUCAGUUGGUGAAUAAAAACUUCCCUGUACUUGAAGGAAAACAGUCUAUUAUGGGGCACAGCAUGGGAGGUCAUGGAGCUUUAAUAAGUGCUCUUAAAAAUCCCGGUUUGUAUAAAUCUGUAUCUGGUUUUGCUCCAAUUUCCAACCCAAGUAAAUGUCCUUGGGGUGAAAAAGCUUUUAAUGGAUAUUUGGGCUCACGCGAAAAGGCGAAUUGGUUCGAAUGGGAUGCAACUGAAUUGGUUAAAAAUUACAAUGGGCCACCUCUUGAAAUUUUCAUAGAUCAAGGUAGCGGUGAUAAAUUUUACAUUGAGAAACAAUUAUUACCCGAAAAUCUCGUGGAAGCUUGUAAAAAUGCUCAUGUUCCAGCCAUUUUCAAGUUGAGGGAGGGUUAUGAUCACAGCUACUUUUACAUUGCCACUUUUAUUGAGGAGCAUAUUAAAUAUCACGUUAAACACCUCACAAACUAAAUAUAUUGGUUUAUUUUUCA